AUGUCGGAAUUGAAUUUUGAUCGUCUGCUUAAAACUAAAGUAAAUUUGAAGGAAUAUAUAGAUAAUAUAUUAAAGAAUAUUUUUGACAUACACGAUAUACCAGUACCAGUACGUCAUCUUUUUCAUUUACUAGAAACAUGUGGACUUAGAAAUGGGUUCGAUAAAACUGUUAUAGAAUCUUGGAAAAUAAACAGUUACUUCAUAAAAUAUUGGAGUAAAAUUUUGUCCCAGCCUGAGGUCUUGUAUGAUUUAAACGAAAGUAGUGAACCCCAUAUUCAAACCAAUAUGAAUGUUAUAGUGUUAGCUUUUAUAGACAUCUUUUCCCCUCCGCAGACAUUGGGAAAGAAAUCACCAACAUUAAAAUUGUUAUUCUACAAAGAUUGUUAUGAAUACAGAAAGAGUAAAGUCACUUUUUUCAAAUCCGGCGCAACAGUUGCUGGUGUAAAAAGUGCUGACCUCACAUCAGAGCUAGGCAAACUUCCAUAUCUGAUUGAUACAAUACCCUUCAACAGAAGAAGUAUGUUAUAUAAGUUAUUUUUAGUCAUAGAUAACUAUGAUGACAAGAUAAUAAAGGACUUAGAUGAAACAGAUGAGACAAGGAGGUUGAAACUCUCAGAUAAAUUGGACGAAGUUUUUGAAACUAUGCGAAAUACGUGA